AUGACUCAAUUCCUGCCGCGCCGAUUCCUCCCCCGCUCUCUUCUUUCCCCUCCAUUCAUCCAAUUCAGGACUUUCACCUGCUCGACUGCGCUCCAGAAAAAGUCCAAUCGCAACCCCAAGAUGGCCACCGUCACCACCAAGACCGGUCAGGCGGUCGAUCGCCUGGUACUGGACUCGAUGCUUCGCCGCCGCAUGUUUUAUACCCCCUCCUUCGAAAUUUACGGUGGUGUGUCUGGUCUGUACGACUAUGGCCCACCAGGUACCGCGCUGGUCGCCAACAUGACUGAUCUGUGGCGCAAGCAUUUCGUGCUUGAGGAGGAUAUGCUGGAGGUCGACUGCACCAUGUUGACCCCUCACGAAAUUCUCAAGACCAGUGGGCACGUGGACAAGUUUGCCGACUGGAUGUGCAAGGAUCCCAAGACUGGCGAGAUCUUCCGUGCCGACCACUUGUUGGAGGAGGUCUUGGAGAAUCGUUUGAAGGGUGAUAAAGAGGCCCGUGGCCAGAAGGUUGAGGUCGAUGCUGAGAAGGAGGCCAAGAAGAAGAAGAAGUCCAAGGGCGAGACUCAGGCUGUCAAGCUGGACGAUGCUGUUGUCAAGGAGUACGAGGAGACGCUCGCACAGAUCGACAACUAUGACGGUCCUGCCCUUGAGCAGCUGAUCAACAAGCACGACAUCCGCAACCCCUCCACUGGCGGCAAGGUUGAGCCUCCCGUCGCCUUCAACCUGAUGUUCCAGACCUCCAUCGGUCCCAGCAGCAACAUGCCGGGUUACCUCCGCCCUGAGACUGCCCAGGGUCAAUUCCUGAACUUCCAGAAGCUGCUCGAGUUCAACCAGCAGGGCAUGCCUUUUGCCUCUGCUUCAAUUGGCAAGUCCUUCCGAAAUGAGAUUUCUCCUCGUGCUGGUCUUCUGCGUGUGCGUGAGUUCCUUAUGGCUGAGAUCGAGCACUACGUCGACCCCGAGGGUGGUAAGAAGCACCCCCGCUUCGCUGAGGUCAAGGACGUGGAGAUGUCUUUGCUGGAUCGCAAUGUUCAACUGUCCGGUAGCACGAAGACGACGAAGAUGACCAUUGGCAAGGCUGUCGAGACUGGCCUCGUCGACAACGAGACCCUCGGUUAUUUCCUUGCCCGCAUCCAGUCCUUCCUCCUGAAGCUCGGCAUUGACUUCAACAAGCUGCGCUUCCGGCAGCACAUGGCCAAUGAGAUGGCCCAUUACGCCGCCGACUGCUGGGAUGCUGAGUUGCAGACCAGCUAUGGCUGGAUUGAGUGUGUUGGCUGUGCCGACCGCAGUGCCUACGAUUUGACCGUGCACAAGAACAAGACCGGUGCCCCUCUCGUCGUCCGUGAGACUCGCGCCGAACCUCUCCGCAUCGAGGAGUGGCAGAUCGAUCUGGAGAAGAAGAAGUUUGGUCCUCGCUUCAAGAAGGACGCCAAGACUGUCGAGUCCGCCAUUGAUGCGCUCUCCCAGGAUCUGCGUGAGAAGCUGGCCUUGGAUCUGGAGAAGAACGGCAAGAUCGAGGUCGACAUUGAAGGUGUUGGCUCUGGUAAGGUGGAGCUGGAGAAGGAUCUGAUUAAAAUUGAGAAGCGUACCCGCGUCGAGAAUGUCCGCGAGUACACUCCCAACGUCAUCGAGCCCUCUUUCGGUAUCGGUCGUAUCAUGUACAGUAUGAUUGAGCACGUCUACUGGUCUCGCGCCGGCGAUGAGGCUCGUGGUGUCCUCUCAUUCCCCCCUUCUAUCGCUCCCACCAAGGUUCUGCUGGUGCCCCUGUCUACCAACGCCUCUUUCAAGCCCCUGACCCAGAGCUUGAGCGCCAAGCUGCGCCGCAUGGGUGUCUCUAGCCGAGUUGAUGACUCUUCUGCCAGUAUUGGCAAGCGUUACGCCCGUAACGACGAGCUGGGUACUCCUUUCGGUGUCACUGUCGACUUCCAGUCCGUCAAGGACAACACCUUCACUCUGCGUGACCGCGACACGACCAAGCAGGUUCGUGCUAGCGAAGAGGAGAUUCUGCGGGCCAUCAAGUCUCUUCUCACCCUCUCCUGUCCACUGUUCGCCGCGGAUUUUGACCCGCGCGACAAUGGACGUCUAAUUGUUGGCGGCGGAGGCGGCGAAGGUCGCAGCGGAGUUGGAAACAAGAUUUCUCUGAUAGAUACUUCGAAUCGUGAUGAAAUUACCGAAGCUGUGGAAAUCAACUUGUCGCGCGACGAGGACUCGGUGACGUCGCUCGCGGCGGCGCCCCAGCCUAAUGAUGACGAGCACUCAUUGAUCGUGCUAGCGGGGAUUAACAGCUCUGUUGCCGAUCAGAAGAAAGGAGUGAACCAACAUAUGCGAUCAUUUCGAUUCGAUGCGCCGCGGAAGAAGCAGAAAGAAACAACGGUGUCCGGAACGGCCGAGUCCCUUUCGCGUGCUUCGAUCUUCCGAUCGAAGGGGCCAGACUCGGGCGACACGUAUCAGCGCGUGAUGAGACUGUCGCCCUGGAGGCAGGAUGAUGCCAGGAUCAAGGGCCAGGAUACUAGGGUGGGUGCUAUUGCGACGGGCAUGGCUCAGUCUGGAGAAGUUGUCUUUUUCAAGGUGGGCAACGGCCCUACUGAGGCGGAUGUCAUCGGCCGGAUCCGUCUCGAGGGGAGCGAAGAAGCGGAAGAUGUGGAUUUUGCAAGCUUGGAAGAUGAUAUGGAGCAGACCGUCGAUGCACGGGGGAAAUAUCGUGUGGCGUACACUAACGGAGUUGACGUGAUGGUCUGCGAGAUCUCGGCAUCAACGCGGUCUGAUGCAGCUCCUGAAGUGCGUCGUAUUCAUACGAUUCCUCUGCCUAGCAGCGGUGCUCGUGCCGCUCGGCCAAAGUUUCGAGCCUUGCGGUUCCUGACAUCGACCGUUCUGAUACUGCUUCAGAAUGCACCAAAUCGAGGCGGAAGCGAGCUGGUCAUCAUGCGUCUGCCAACGACUUAUUCCGGCAAAGCGAAGAUUCUUCGUCGUCGAAAGCUAGCGCGCGGUGUACAGAUCGGCCUUGGUCUCGAUAUCUGUCCACUCGGCACCAAUCCAUCCGGUCAACAACAAACCAUCAUUGCCGUCAGCGGUAGCGACAAUUCUAUUUCCCUCUUGACGCUAGAAUACAAUCCACCCAAGGGCUACAGCAAAGUUCAACCAUAUUCGAUCCUCCGCGAUGUACAUCCCUUCUCGAUGACAAAAGUCGUAUUUUCCAAAUUCACACCCCCAACACACCCAGUGACCGCGGACGUCCUCCCUCAAAGCGUCAAACUCGCCUCUAUCAGCAUGGGAAACACCGUCGUGGUUCACACCCUUCCACUGUCCCCAUUGCCCCCAUCAUCACGUACACCCCGCUACGUCUUAUCGCAGCCAGGCGCCACCGAACUCCGCGACACCAUGCUUUACAUCAUCGCCCUGAUCAUCUCACUAUCCCUCGUGACAAGUCUCGCCCUGACAUUUGCCGAGAUCCGCGGCGUGACGCCUCCCAUCCUCGGAGCCCAGAAAUGGGUCCCCGGGCCAUGGCGCCAUACUCUCGUCAACGAAUACACUCCGCCUGCACCAGGACAAGGCUCCUUCCUAGACAGUCUCCUCGCUCCAUCCACGAGUGGCAAACACCACUCGGCGCCCGUGAUCCCAAGCACCCCCACCCCAGACAAAGAAACCCAAAUCGAGCGCCUCAAGGAAAUCCUCGACAGACUACACAAUGUCGGCGCCGCGCCCAUCGACCUCGCCACUCUCGCGCCAAAAGAACUCUCCGUCACUCUACGCUGCGGCACGGGCGAAAACGCAGAUCAAACCGUUCUAGUCGAUACUCUCCCCGCGUAUCAAUUAACAUCAAACAACGAAGGCGACCCCUACACCGGAACAGCGUCCCAAGAACAAGGAAGCGAACAAUAUCGCUCAUGGACCGACCUCAGCCCCGAGGACCAACAAGCCUGGAAACAGAGACUCACAAAGGCCGGUCGAUGGACCGCCGACGAAGGCGAGACUGUGCUGAAGGGCGUGCUUUUCGGAACGGCUUGUGGGUAUUUACGCCAGGCUGUUGAGCAGGGACUGCCUUGA